CUUCCCAGCCAUGAAACAACAAAGAAGAUGCACGCUGUGCUGCGUGGUCCUAGCAAAAAAGCAAAAAAAGAAGAAGAAGAAGAAGAAAAAAAAGAUGAUGCCCUCGUUUCAUUAAGAGAAGGGAAAAAGGCCAUUCAAAGCUGCCACCCUGCUCUACGAGGCAGGCACCAGCCCAGCGAGAGAGAAGGGGAGACAAGAGAAGAGAAGCCAAAGCUACCUGCACAACAGCAGCGUCCCGUUCCCUCCCUCCUCUCGCCGCGAACACGAACCUGACCCUGCUGCUCGCAAGAUCCCCAAACCACGCGGGAAUUCGGUCUCGAGCUCGCUCGCUCGCUCGUCCCCCAUUGCGUUCGUCGAGAUCAGGAGAUCCAGCCCCGGUUCGUGGCGGCGGCUACUAGCCGCGUCGCGAGGUUUUUCAUUAUACAGAUGACCCGGGCAGCAACUCUUGAUUAUGGGGGUAAGGGUGAGACUUUACGGCCUGGGCCAUUACGUCCAGCAAACAUCAUAAGGGCUAAAUUUCCUACCUACAAAAAUGGUUUGAAUGGUAUAGUAGUCAAACUAGCCGAUGGCCCUGAAAUGCCAUCUGUCAAGGAGACUGUUACCAAGGAAACUGCAGAUAUUCUUGACCGUCGUCAGCGUCUGUCAGUCCGUGAGCUUGCAAUGAAGUUUGAGAAGGGUCUCAAUACUGCCACUUUGUUGUCUAAUGAGGUUAAAUGGAGACAAGUGGCUUUGUUAGAACGCGACAUCCUUCUGAAGAAUCUAAAGACUGUGUUAGAAUCACUGAGAGGCCGCGUGACAGGCAAAACCAAGGCUGAACUUGAGGACUCUAUUUCUAUGGUGGAUAUUCUUGCUGUUCAGCUCUCCAAAAGAGAAGCUGAGCUGCUCCAGCAAAAGGAAGAAGUCACAAAAUUAGCGAAAUCAUUAAAGCUGGCUUCCGAAGAUGCCAAAAGAAUUGUUGAAGAAGAAAGAGCAAGUGCUCAUACAGAGAUUGAAAGUGCUAGGUCUGCUGUGCAAAGAGUUCAACAGGCACUUCAGGAACAUGAAAAGAUAUCAAAAACAACUGGAAAGCAAGAUAUGGUGGAACUAAAGAAAGAAGUUAGAGAGGCACGAAGAAUCAAAAUGCUUCAUCACCCCAGCAAGGCAAUGGAUCUGGAAAAUGAGAUCAAAAUUUUGCGCAAAACAUUCGCUGAGAGGUCCAUGGAUUGUGUUAAUCUUUUGAAAGAGUUGGAACUGCACAAAAGACCACAAGGAAAUGAUAUCCCUGUGUUUGAUUUGGAGGGUCUCCAAUGCUUAGGCUCAAUACUACGCAUAGUUGCUCAGAGCGGCGCUGCCAUGGAUUUCUCAAAUAUUUCAAUCCAGUGGUUCCGUGUGCACCCAAAAGAAAGUAACAAAGAGAUUAUUUCAGGUGCCACGAGAUCAGUAUAUGCUCCCGAACCACAUGACGUUGGACGGUAUUUGGAAGCUGAAAUCAGUUUUGGUGGUGAAAUUGCUAUAGCAAAGACAGCUGGGCCAAUAGACCCUGAUGCUGGAUUGGUGGAAUAUGUAGAAACACUUGUAAAGAAACGUGAAACUGAGUUCAAUGUCGUUGUGCUUCAGUUGAAUGGAAUUGACCAGCCAAAGGAGUCUGUUCAUGUCCUCAAUAUUGGAAAACUGCGGAUGAGGCUUUCCAAAGGCAAGACAGUGGUUGCCAAGGAAUUCUAUUCCUCAUCAAUGCAGCUAUGUGGUGUCCGAGGUGGCGGCGAAGCAGCCUCUCAGGCAAUGUUCUGGCGGCCCAGGAAUGACCUCAGCAUGGUCUUGGCCUUCGAAACGACGAGAGAACGGAACACCGCAAUCAUGCUCACACGACGAUUCGCCAUAGAUUGCAAUAUCAUCCUCGCUGGACCAGGCGACAAAACUCCAUGGUGAAGAAAAGGCGAGCGCGCCACCGGUGGUGCUCAUCCUCCGAGAUCAUCCAAUUCCAACAUCAACAUGUACAUUACAUUCCUGUGCACAGUGUGUUUGCAUCAAGAUCAAGCUCGGUCUGUCAAGUCAUGGCGCCAGUUCGUUCGUCCUCCCCUGGUGGUGACAGUUCUUCUUCAGAAAGGCAGAUGCCGCCGUGGGCACCAUUUUUAGCCGCCUCCGGUUGCCGUCUUUCCCUCCAUUGGUCACCGUGAUGCUGUUCUUGGCUGCUGCCGGCCGCUUGUUGCUAGGAAUAGUAAGCAUAAUGUUUGCCUGUUUGGUACAUUACACACCACGACGGCAUUGAGCUUAGUUAAGUUUGAUCAGAAACGUGGGUAGUUUGUGCUAACAUUAAUCUUCAGUCAGUGUUGACUAACCAAAGAUUGUUUGAAUGGUAACUAAGACAAGUGCAGUUCCAUUGCGCCUUGUCAUGUUGGAUUUCAGAAAAAAUGACAUGGAAAUAUUGGUCUGCUCCUUUUGUGA